AUGAUUGAUGACGACGAGAGUGAUGAAAGUCCCAAAGGUGUUGAUGAUGGUAAUUGUGGCAAUGAUGAUUCAGAUGAAGAUUGGGGGAAGAAUGCGGUGGAUGAAGGCACUGAGGAGAAAGAUGGUGAAUCGAUCGUUCAUAUACAAUAUGAUAUUUUGAUUAAGAACUCUGAGACAGCUUUGGAUGACCUCAUUGAUUUUGUGUAUCCAGAUAUGUUAUCCAAUUUAUCCGUUGAAAAUUAUUUCAAGGAUAGAGCAAUUCUUGCACCAACUUUGGAUUGUGUCACUGAUGUCAACAACAAGAUGACUGCAGAGUUACCUGGACAAGAAAGAGUCUACUUAAGUUCAGACCCUGUGUGUGCUAAAGAGAAAAAUAUGGAAUUUGAGUUAGAUGCUUUCUCGCCGAAGAUUCUAAAUGGAAUAAAUUGUUCAGGUCUACCACCACACAAGUUGGUUCUGAAGGUUGGCGCUCCUGUUAUGUUGCUGCGGAAUAUAGAUCAAACUAAUGAUUUGUGCAAUGGAACGAGGAUGCAAGUUAGAAGAAUGGAAAAUCAUGUGAUAGAAUGCAAGACUUUAACUGGUAACAAAGCUGGAAGUAUUGUUCUUAUCCCAAGACUGAAUCUAAUUCCAAAUAAUGAAACAUUGCCGGUCAGGUUUCAAAGAAGACAAUUCCCAAUUAUCAUGUCAUUUGCAGUGACAAUAAAUAAGUCCCAGGGACAAACUCUAUCGAAAGUUGGAAUUUACCUUCCAAGGCCAGUUUUCACCCAUGGUCAAUUGUAUGUUGCGUUAUCAAGGAUAACGAGUAAAGAUGGUCUGCGAGUGCUGUUGCAAGAUCAUGGACACUUAGAAGAUAACUACACGAUGAAUGUGGUAUAUAGAGAAGUUUUUGAGAGUUUAUAA